AUGCCAAAGACGAAAAAUUACCACAUGGUGGAAAACAGCGCGGACCACUUCAACAUAAUCCGGCGCUGCCAGAAAAUUGUGCGUGAGACAAAAGCUGCCAAAAAGCUUUCCGAUACGGAUCAGAAUUCGUUGGCAAACGCGCUGAUGGGUUGUGGAAGGCCAGCGGAGACGAAAAAGGUUAAUCAGAUGGAUUUGACUGAAAUCAAGGAAGAGGUCUUGGAAUCCGUCAGAGGGCUCAGAGAUGAUAUUGAAUCGCACAUUGAGAGAAUCGCCGAGCACUCUGCUGAUUACCUGAAGCCCCACGACCGAAUUCUCAUCUGGGGAUUCUCAGCGCUCGUCGCAAAUUUCAUCGAAAAAGCCGUCGCCUCCAAGUCGAGAAAAACGCCCAUCACCCUCCUCGUUUCCGGCAGUUCCAACGAUGCGAUGGAUUAUCAACGAAUUUUGCGAAAACAAGUCGAAAGUAAAAUGCUUCAAAUUGUCGUAAUUGGCGAUGGAGCUGCGUUUACUGUCAUGCCUAUUGUGCAAAAGGUUCUCAUCCCGGCUUCAUCGCUUCUGCCCGACGGAUCAAUGCGAACUCCAGCUGGGAUAAGAGCGCUCUGUCUGGCCGCCCGAGUUCAUGCUGUUCCAGUUUUGGCUCUCUGCCCGCUGCAUAAAAUAUCAGCCGACUAUCCCGAAGACGAGUGCGAAUUAGUUCAACCAGAUCACCCUAGAGAAAUUAAACCAGCUUGGGACUUGGUCAAAUCUAACCUGGUAUCAGUCGUUAUCACCUCGGAAGGCGGCCUCCCACCGAACGACACCUACCGUCUCCACAAUCAGCUCUACCACCCGGGCGACUCAUUGCAAUAG